AUGUCAUCUGAAACACUGGAGCAGUACGACGUGGAAGAACGCCAACCAGCAGGGAAUCCUCCUCACUUCACACAAACCCUUGUCUCUACGGUCGCCGCCGAAGGAGAGUCGGCCAAGUUCGAGGGCAUUGUCACUGGCUGGCCUGUUCCUACUAUUGAAUGGAACAAAGAUGGCGUGCCGUUCACAAAAAACUCACUGCCGAACGUUGAUAUCAGUAAUAUUGGAGGAAGAGUUUCAUUGUUUUUCAAGCGUAACUUGUCAUGCCUUGCUCAAAGUGCUCAUGUAGCUUAUCUGCAGCGAGCCCAGCACAUGAGAAUUCUGCUACAUCUGACGUGUAGAGAUCCAAUUUUAAUAUAUGCAGAAGAUGAUGUUGCAGCGAAAACGAUUGCGCCUGACUUCAUUCAGCGACUGAUUAGCAAAGAAGUCGUUGAAGGAAACGAGCUGAAGUGGACUGUUCGAGUAACAGGAGACCCUAAGCCAAGGGUGACUUGGUUACGAGAUGGUGUGGAGAUCCCCGACUGCGAAGAAGUGAGGAUAAUCGAUGAAGGAAAUGGAAUACACUCUUUGAUAAUCGUUCGAGUGGAAAUGGCCGAUAGUGGGCAGUUCACCUGCCUAGCUGAGAACGUUGCGGGAGAGGCUCGAAGUACAGCAGACCUUGUCGUGCGUUCCGUGAACGGUCGACCAGGCAGUUACUUCCACGUAACAAAAGUGACACAAGAGAAACAGGUAGUAGAAUUUUAUAUUAAAUGA